AUCAGUAAUGCAGUCACGUUGCAGAAGACAGUGGAGUAUAUCGGGAAGCUCCAGCAGGAGAGGCAGGCGAUGCAAGAAGAGGUCAAGAGACUACGAGAGGAGAUAGAGGAGCUCAACACUUCCAUUAACGUGUGUCAGGAGCAGCUGCCUGCGACGGGGGUACCAGUGAGGCGGCAUCGCUUCGACCACAUGCAGGAAAAGUUUAAUGAAUAUGUCAAGAGCCGCACUCUACAGAACUGGAACUUCUGGAUUUUCAGCAUCAUUAUCAAGCCGCUCUUUGAGUCUUUCAAUGGGAUGGUGUCAACUACAAGCAGAGCAGAGCUGUGUCAGACUACGCUGCAGUGGCUCGAUCGUCACUGCUCGCUUCCGGUGCUCAGACCCAUGGUGCUGAGUACUCUUCGCCAGCUGAGCACAACUACGUCCAUCCUCACCGAUCCAUCGCUGCUUCCUGAAGAAGCUGUCCAGGCUGCCACACGCACAGAUGCUUCGUCUUUCUCUCAGAGGAAUUGAGGUGACCCCUAAAGCCACCUGCCCCUCUUUAGCAUAAACCAUCAACAAAGGCAUAUCACUAGUUGUUCUUAUAGCUGUUGAGCAAGGUCACAACGAUAAAUCCAAACUAUGUCAGGCUUGUGUUCCCUCUGAAUGUAAGGCAGGGAGAGAUUUUGCUCUGUUGUACAUUGAAAGUUGGGAAUGAUGCAUGAAAGGACCUCAACAAUUUUGCAAAAAAAAAAAAGGCUUUUAUUACAUUGUGUUUAAAAUAACUACUACUUUCACCUGCUUGAGGUGACAAUCUUCUUCGUACUUUAUUGGAUGCUGGUACUUGUGGUUUAUUUCGUGAACAACAAUUUAUAUUUAAAGUAAAUGACAUUUUUAUUGCAAAAGCAACAAUGUGUUCAAAAGGGAAAUAAUAAAUGAAUGUUAAUUUUGUGCUCUUGCUCAGAUGUAUAAAUGUCUGGAUAUGACGCUUUUGUUUUUUCCAUCAAGAGAUGAGAUUAAUGUGGAUUUUGUAGGACUUGCUCUUAGCGUAGUUUAUGGUUUUAGGAGGCUUGAAAACCUUCCAGAAAGACUUCACAGCAGAUUGUAGAGCAUCGACUGAAACAUGGCGAAGCUGAUGGCUCGUGGGCCGGUCAGCGCCUAAUCAGUACCAGGAGGAUGCGAGUUUGGUUGUAUUUUCCAUCCCUAAAUUACUCAGGUGAAAGUUAUUUUGCCAGUUAACGGGCAUGGUUUUCUGGUGGUUUUCCGUCCAUGCCGAACUUCUGCCUUCAUACUUUUGCUCACUGUGUCCAUUUGUAGUGAUUUCAACUGCAAUUUACACACAGCAGCAGCAGCAGCAGCAGCAGUAGUAGUCAUCUUUAACAUGUUACACACAUGGAUACUACUGCGCAGGUCACAGCACAGUGGAGCAAUACUACUUACAGCCCUCAUAGGGAGCAUAGUGAAAUAGCAGUACACAAUAUAUUUAUAUUCACAUGUACAGUGUUAAAAGAUUUUUGCGCAGUAGGGGUCUUUUCUGGUCUUCGUCAGUGACUCAGGGCUACGCUUGUGUGCGUAAUGUUUUUUUUUUCCAUUCAUCUGAACAAAUCAAGUCAGGAUCCUUCUCUGCAGGAAUGCUUGUUGACUACAAGGGUACAGGUUAUGUCACGUGGUUUAAUUUUUUUUUUCUUCUUCUCAUGGUUACACUAAUUUAUAACGUGUUAACGACAGAAGAAAACAAUCAGUCUGUCACAUGAAGACAGCACACAGAAACUCAUAAGAAGCCAUAUCAAAGAGCAGUUUACCCAUCCGCACAGGUCAUUUGUUGUGUUACUGACAUUAUGGUUAACGGAGAACUGUGCUCUGUUGACGGCGUGAGAAUUAGACACGAUGCAGAUGUAGUUAGCAUGUCAGCUGUAAGGUCAAAGUGUCCUUAACUGUGCUGAUUUGUCUUUUCUUUGUUUUGUUUUUUUUGUGGUUCAGCACUCCUCAGGCAGACAUGGAUUUUUUUUUUUAUAUGUAUUUUUGCUUUCUUUUUGUGCAGAACAACUGAGUUUACGGUAGCACAAUGCACCACUUUGAUGGACGUGCAGCUUUUUGCGUGCAGUCUUUUCUUGUGAAUGUGGAUGAGUGUCUUUUAAAUGAGAGAUUUUUCUUGCUUUCAGGCUAAUUUGCCUGUCGGUGUAUAGAUGGUGGUAGCAGUGAUCAAAAUUCAACACUUUUUCAAUGCACAACUAUUUAGUGUUGCAAAACACACAUGAAGAGCUCACGUGUACCCCAAAAUAAUUUAUACAAAAAGUUCAAAUGCACCAAUGAAUGCAGCUAUGGUUGUCAUGAUUGCAAGUGAUAAAAUUUCCCUUUUUGACUUUUUGUUUUUUAAAGAAUUUUCUCUACUUCAAAGAAUGACAGCACAAAAAGGCCCCUAUGUUCACCUUAAGCUUAGCGUUUGUGUGAUGAUUUCAUUUGGUUUUCUUCCUCUUUCAUUCAGUGCUUUUAAAUGUUUGUCAUACCAGGUUGGAUUUCCAGCUGUUAUUUGCUGUUUUUAUGAGGGGAUUUUAUACCGGAUGAUGUACAGUGUAUCAUUGCAGAUUGGAUCUGCCCAUGUUAGUUCUUCCCACAUUUAGUAUUUUAUUUGUUUUAAGAAAAGAUAUUUUCUUAUGCUGCAUUUUAGUGUUUUUUUGUUUUCUUUGUAAAAUGUCUACAUGCAACAUGUAUAUUUUAAAAUGCCUUAAAUGAUUC